AAAUAGCAAGGAAAAGACAAAAAUAGCAAGGAAAAGCCAAAAACAGCAGGGAAAAGACAAAAAUAGCGAGGAAAAGAUAAAAAAUAGUCGUAUGCAUAAGUAUGUGUAGUCAUGUAGCCCAGUGAGACAAUAUACUUUAAUGGUGUAGCCCUCCACCAACACAAACACUGCCAUUGAUAAGACUCUUCCUCUCAGUGUGACUAAAUAGCCCCAUAAAACACCCACGAAGAAGAAGAAGAAGAAGAGGCGAGGCUGUGACACUCCUCAACCAACACAGGAAGAGGAAGAAGCUACGAGAGACAAAUAAUCACAGGAUACAAGAAAACAAGACCAAGAAUAACCACGAAGCACCUUGCUAACCUACCAGGGCCUGCAAGCUCUCGUCCAUUAUGUACACUUGAAAUUAAAGGAAGGAAGAUCAAGGUGUGCAAGGCUUUAGAACAGGAAGAAGAAACUAUGGAAGAUUACAGGACAUCAAGGAGGGAAGACCAGUAAUAACCAGGAAACAUAUAAUUAGAGAGCAUAAAGAAAGAAGAUCAGAGUGUACAAGGCUUUAGAACAGGAAGAAGAAACUACAGAAGAUUACAGGAUAUCAAGGAAAAAAGACCAAUAAUAACCAGGACACACCUUGCCAACCUACCAGACUCUACAAGCUCUCGCCCAUUACACUUGAAGAUAUAGUUGAAGGACGUGAAGGAAGGAAGAUCAAGUUUUAGAAGGCUUUAGAGGUCUACAGAAGAAGAAGAAGUGACUGAAAGAACCUCCCUCAACACUAAUCAUUCACAUACAGCACAAUGGGAAGAUAUAUUUGAAGGAGAUGAGGAAGGAAGAUCAAGGUGUAGAAGGCUUUAGAGGUCUACAGAAGUGACUGAAAGAACCUCCCUCAACAAUACUCAUUCAUAAUAGCACACUAAACUAAUUAACAGAGCAAGCUUUUCGACAUCACCCCAAGACUCCUAAAAAUUACACAGAACAACACAAACUUCAUCACUUCCUUCCCUAUUAUCAUCACCUAACCUAACCUGUAAACUAUUUAAUCUAUUCGUUGUUUAGUUCACCGUAACCAUCGAUCACCUCCUUGGUCAAUCAUCUCCCUUUCCUUCCAUCUCAUUAUUGCCUAACCUAACCGGUGAACAAUUUAAUCUAACCUAAUAAUCUAUCCUAACCCAAAGAAAUACAAACUCCUUCACUCCCCUCCUUGUCCAAUUAUCUCCCUUUCCUUCCAUGUCAUUAUUGCCUAACCUAACCUGUGAGUAAUUUUAAUCUAACCUAACAGUCUAUCCCAACCCAAAGAAACACAAACUCCGUCACCUUCCUCUUCCUCCUUGUCCAAUCGUCUCCCUUUCCUUCCGUCUCAUUAUCGCCCAACCUAACCUAACCUGUGAACAAUUUAAUCUAACCUAACAGUCUAUCCUAAUCCAAAGAAAUACAGACUCCAUUACCUCCCUCCCCACACACUUCUCUCCCCUUCCUUCCCUCUCAUCAUUACCUUCCCGUCAGUGUCAAUCACCCACAGUCUAAUCACAUGCUGGACUCGUGAUUGCCAGCCAGUAUAUUAAUUAGCGUUCUCCCUUUCUCACUCCCCCCUUUCCUUAUUACUCCCCUCUCCUCUACUACUCCUCCCCUGUUCCCUAUCUACUCCCAUACCUACUCUUCUUCACUACCAGUCCCUUCAGUAGCCCAUUGGUAGUCCCUCGGUGUGUGUUGAGGGCCAUGGUGGAGUCCUUCUCAACCAAGGCUGCCCUCCACGCCCGCAUUGUUGCCUACGAGAGGGAAACCAAGUCCAAUUUUGUCUUCAUGACCAAGGACAAGUCGUUUGGAGUGGAAGACUGGAGGAACAUGAGCCACAAGAACAGCCUCUUCUGGCAAAUACCUUCCGUUCCGCCUGAUGGGAUUCCUUUCCUCUCCCUCGGCAGAAAAAACUUAAGCUGCCAUUUUGGUAAACCCAAGAACAAGACCAAGCUUGAUCAGAAAUCGAAGAAAAUGGGUUGUCCUGCCGAAAUACACAUCCGCCAUGUUGUCAAGUUUCCAGAGUUCAGGGUAGAGAGGGGCGCCUCGACCUACAGAAAACGACGAGAGAUGCAGAAGCUGAGGAAGGCCCUGUCGAAAGAUCCCGAUAGUUUGAAAGUGGAAAUUGCAUAUUACGCCGAGCUGCCUAACCCAUCAGACCACAACGGCCACCCCCUGCAUGGCAUAGCCGCUGGUAUGCUGGAGAAGCCAGACCCGUUGAUCAAGGAAGAAAUUCUGAACUUAGUGCGUGACGGUGUUCGCAAAGUGAGCGACAUCAAGAGGCACAUCAACGAAUUUGUCAGCAAAGUUUUUGUGGAUGAGGAGGUGAAGGACACCUCUCGCCGGCGCUUUCACCCUCUUGAUAAGGAUAUAAGGAACCUCAUGCACAAGGCCAAGACCUUCAAGGGCCACCCUGAAGAUUACCAGGAGACUCUGAGAUACCUCGCCGAGGAGACGCAGAAGAAAGACCAAAAACCACCUGCUCCUCUACUCACUCAGGGAGGAGGAGACACUAAGCCAAUUGUGAUUCGUUACAAGUCCAAACAGCAACUGCCAGAAUUCCACAGGCUGCCAGACUUCUUGAAAAAACAGCCGAGGGAGGUUGUGGCCCACAUUGUGAAGAGGAUGAAGUCCAACAUUUCCAAGGAGGACAUGAUCAUGGCUGGGGAGGGAGAGUUCAGACUGAGGGAUAAGACCACUAAAGGAGAAACAUACAGAGUAAGCUUUGGCAGUGAAAGUCUCGAUCCAUUUUGUACUUGUGGAGAUUUUCACAAGUACAAACUCCCUUGUAGGCAUUUUUGUGCCAUCUUUGAACAUUACCCUGAGUGGAACUGGCACAGACUGCCGGCCGCCUACAGAGACAACCUUCUCUUUGUCUCGGACACACAGAAUUGUUACGAGGUAGAAGUCAUGGAGGAGCCGGAUCUGGUGCCCGAGGUGGUAUUGGACGACGGCACGUCAGCCCUGAGCGAUACAUCAUCAGACAGUUCAGAGAAGAUUUAUGUCAAGCUGCCGCGGAAGAGGAAGACCACAAGGCAAGGUUUGCACGUCAAGUGUGCCCGGGUGCUGCGGCAGAUCAUUGACUCUGUGUACCUGCUGAAAGAUAUCGAGUACCUCCAGGGGCUGCACCACGACCUGCAGUGCAAGCUGAUCGAGGUUCAGCUGCAGACCCCCAAUGACGCAGAGUUUCAUGUGAGCGCUCCACGGAAGAGGAGGGCCAACAGUGACGGAGGAAAUACCACCGUGAUGAAGAGGAUGCUGCUGUCUGGUGGUGAAGAGGAUAUUAGAAUUCCUAAAGUGGAGAUAAGAACUGUAUGUGGUGACGUGAUAUAGAAAGAUUCCUUGUGGUAGGCAUCAGGUGGGGAUUCACUACAGCUGCAUUGAACUGAUUCUGAUGGAUGAAUACAUUUGUCCCAAAUGUAAGAUGAAUUUUUUAGCCCAAGGCAAAUGCCCAGCUGCUCACUACACAGCCUUGACUUCCCGCACAAUUUUGUGUCUGAUGAUCACUUCCACUUUGCCUGCCUGUUGUCUAGGCCUCAGGGUGUCUGGGAUGCCUCCAGCCAGUGCCUGGUGUGCCAGCCUUGUCAUGGAGAUCAGCUCCACACUGCUUGUUGAUGACGGCAUAUGAUGUGCAGCAUGUAAAGGGCUUCUCAUUAUCAUCAGUGACACUACAUGAAACACUGCAUAAUAUUUAUGAACUGCAGCAGCUUUCCUCACUCAGCAUGUUCCUUUUUUCAUAUCAAGUGGUAGUCAAAUGCUCCUCAUAGUUGAAACCUGUGUCAACUAGAACAUGGCACAAAGACCCUGAAUGUCCAAAGACUUGGUGUGGGUGACAUUCUCAGGAUGUCUGUCGUCCCUCCACUGGAUUUUCUACGAUCAACAAUGUCGAGUUUUGGUGAUUCAAAAAUUUGUUUCUGAUGCCUCCUUCACCCUGGCUGGCACACAGUGUGCGUCCACUGCAUAUGAUGAGCAAACAUGACAGUGAGCUUUAGAAUUUUUGUUGUUUGACAAUUUGAGAAUAGGCAGAGCAUUGUAUGUUUUCAAAUUACCCAAACAAUGUUUCCUUCGCAUUACCCUACUGAACGAUGUGGUAAUGGUGUGACUCGUGGAAAUCAGCAAAUCUUCAAGAGCAAGGAUUUUUUUUUUUUUUUUUUUUUCUUCCCAGUACGGUAGGCACCUCAGGGCAUAAAAUAAAUCCAAUAUAAAAGCCCGCCAGACACUGCUCCGGCAACAGGAAAAAGAACAAGAGGCCAGAAGGGAGGUCAAUUUUAUGUGUAGAGGUGUCUUGAUACUCUUCUCUUGAAAGGGUUCAAGUCAUAGGCAGGAGGAGGUCAUAAGGUGACUGUUUUGCUUCAUCAGUUGAAAAGUGACUGUUAUCAUAUAUAAAUGUAACAAAUUAAUCUAAUUCAUGUCCUUUUUGGAGGGUGAAUAAAUUAUUUUCAUAUAUA